GUCAAUGUGACUAAGACCUGAGAUGAAUUUGUCCUUAUUGCUAAAAAGUCACACGUCAACGCAAUAUUUUAAGGGGUCAAAUCGAAGGAAAGUCAUUUCGUUUCAGCGCGAUCUAUUUUCCCUACAAUAUAUCACUCAGCAAAUAUCAGGAUAACAGGUGCAUUCAGAAAAGCCGCACAGCAGCAAAAAGAGGACACGAAACGUCUCAAACUUUAUGACUCAACACAAUAGAAUGUUCUCUCCUCGAGGAAUGGAAGUCAGGUACAGAAAAGGCAGUACACACCAUCAGGAAAGGGGCAGUGCUCAGACAGGGGCGGGGAAUGAAGCUUAGAAAAGAGGCCGAGAGAGCGAACAGAAGUCACAGCGUAGACAGCACGAGAGUGAUCAACAUGGGGAGAGCUCUGCUGAUACUACUGAUCGCCACAGUGUGUGAUGUCGGUGAGAUGAAGACGUCCACCUUGUCUGUAUCAUCCGGCUCAUCUGUUACGUUACCAACUAGCUGCACGUUUGAUCCUUCUAACAUGUAUGAGCUUCGAAUUAACAAUAAACAAAUAGGAUCCUAUUAUAAGCGUACAUUGACUCCUCGUCUCCAAUUCUCCAUGCGGCUUCAGUUCGAUGAGGAAAAAUGCAGCUUUAUACUGAAAAACCUCACGGAGGGGGACAGCAAUGUCUACACCUUCAUCACAAUGCCUCAGGAAAAUGAAAGGAUCGGAAACCAUGAGGAGCAGCAUUUCAAUGUCACCGUGACAGGACAUACAACUCCAGCCUCCCCUAUGAACCGGUCAACAUAUCACAAAGAUGAUGACAAUGGACAUACAACUCCAGCCUCCCCUAUGAACCAGUCAACAUAUCACAAAGAUGAUGACUAUGGAUUUCUGGCUGUUUGCUUCUUACUGGAUAUGCCUGUGGCCAGGCUCCUGAUGGUCCUUACUCAGCUUCUUCUCUGGUUGGUAAAAAAAUGCAAAAAAAGGUUUCCUGAAGUGCGGCCAUCUUGCUUGAAUCGUGUUUUUGAGUUCAUUUUGGGAGAUCCAUUCCAGAAAGCUACCAUCUAUGGUUUUGAAAUUGGUGAAUAUUUCUCUCUGGUUUCCCAGUUGGUUGCCACCACCUUGUUCAUUGUCUGGAAUAUUUAUGGACAAGGACAUGGGGACAGGGUUGUCUGGCCAAUAUUAUCUGCAAUCAGUUUUCUUGUAGAGAUGGUGAUGAAAUUUUUCAGAUGUUGUUGCACUUGUCUGCCGGAAACGUUGAGAUGCCCCAGCUUUGUGAUGCUUUUUCGACCCAUUCUGAUAAGUGGAUUGAUUGUGGUGGCCUUUUCUUUAAUAUACUACGACAUUCCGGUGAUUUGGAAGAUGUGGUACUUUGUGGCAGCAUUGAUAUCCUUGUCUUUACGAGUGGUGCUCAUCAUUUUAUUUUAUUGGAGACUGAAGAGCAGAAAUGAGACAAACAACAACCCAAAAACCGACCCAAACUCAUUACUGAGGCCACAAGUGCCUCCGCCAGCGCAGACCUGACGGGACUAGAAUUUUUUGGAUUUUCGAGGAUUUCAUUAUUUAUGUUUGCCGCUUUAGAGGCCCUUUUUGGCCAUUUUUAUAAUUUGUAAAAUGUAUACGUUUUGAAGACAAUCUGGAGUAUUAAUAUUAUAAAUUGUGUAUAAAUUCUUUGUUUUCAUUUUUAUUUAAAAAGUGUUUGGAAUGUUUUCACAAAAGUGAUAAAGAUGUGAUGGGGCAGAGUUAUUUUCUGUCCAAGUGUAUAGUAUAUAAGAGUAAUCAUCUCAGGAAUGGAGAUAUGUUACACAAGAGUACCUACCUCAGGUACACUGUCCUUGUAUGUGACUCUAUGGUUUUCACCUUCUA